AUGAUCUAAACAAAACAAACCAUCAACUAAAGCAGUUUGAACCCAGCAUCGGCAGCAAGAAGAACAGAAAAAAAAUGAGUAGCAGUAGUUCAGCAGCCAUUGAGAAGCUGAGCGUAGAGCAACUCAAAGCCUUAAAAGAGCAAGCCGACAUGGAAGUCAAUUUAUUACAAGACAGUCUCAACAACAUUCGCACCGCCACUACCCGCCUCGAAAGCGCCUCCACCGCCCUCCAAGAUCUCUCCCUCCGUCCCCAAGGGAAGAAAAUGUUGGUGCCGCUUACUGCUUCGUUAUAUGUACCGGGAACUCUUGAUGAUGCUGAUAAAGUUCUUGUUGAUAUUGGCACUGGUUACUUUGUUGAGAAAACAAUGGCCGAAGGAAAGGGUUAUUGCGAGCGGAAGAUCAAUUUGCUGAAAUCUAAUUUCGAUCAGCUCGUUGAGCUUGCUUCCAAAAAGAAGAUGGCAGCGGAUGAAGUUGGGGCAGUCUUACAGGCUCGAUUGAAGCAGUUGGCCCCUGCGACAUAGAGGUUUCGAAAAUCCUGUAAUCUUUUAUGAGAAUAUGGCAUGUGCAAUGCUGUUAAAAGUUGCAGCUUUGAGAAUAUUGUUUCUAGAGGUGAUCUAAACAUUCCCAGCCAAAUGGUUUUUUUUCUUCUUCUAUUUAUUAGGGAAUGUGAAGAAUGUUUCCUAACGGAAACCAAGUUAUCUAAGAAUCAAACAGUUAUAGUGAAUUUUUUAAAUCGGAGAUUUUAAUUUUCUUGC